AUGUCCCUUAAUGAUUACUCAAAUGAAAAGAUUAACUUUGAUUAGUAUCUUGGUUCUGUGACUACUGCUAGAUAUUUAACUUCAUCGCCUGAGGCAUUAUGUCAAUAGAUAACUUUUAACGUUAAAGCUGAAAAAGCUACUAACGGCAAAGAGGGAAUAGAUAAAGUUAAUUAAAGGACAAUGUAAGAUGAGUAAGGUCCUUGCAUUUGCAAUAAAAACAAUCAUAAUUAUAAAUUGAUAUUCAUGGAUUGUAACAUGCCAAUAAUGGAUGGAUUUGAAGCUACGAUUGCAAUAAGAGAUUUGUAAAGCAUUAAUCAAAAAGAAAUUUAGAUAGUGGCUCUUACUGCAAACACUAAUGUCUCAUUCAAGAAAAAGUGCUAUUAAUCAGGUAUGAAUGAAUAUUUAACAAAACCUGUAAGCGUAGAUUAAUUAAGAAAGACCUUAUUAAAAUACAAUAUUAUGACUAAUCAAGCAUGA